AUGAUGGAAAACGAAGAUAACGGAUCCAAACAGAGCUCCUCUGCUUCUGUAGCAUCCUCGAGAAGUCGAAGAAGAGCGGCUGAGCCAGUGGAAGCGACGUUAAAUAGAUGGGUGAAGAAAGAGGAGGACGAAAAAGGGUUGGAGAGGGUUCGUAAGGUGCAAGCCAAAGGUUCGAAGAAAGGUUGUAUGAAAGGAAAAGGUGGACCAGAGAAUCCGGUUUGUCGGUUUAGAGGCGUUCGACAGAGAGUUUGGGGGAAAUGGGUUGCUGAGAUACGUGAACCAGCGAGCCACCGUGGUGGAAAAUCAAGCCGUGGGAAACGUCUUUGGCUUGGAACGUUUGCUACUGCAGCCGAAGCCGCUUUGGCUUACGACAGAGCUGCUAGUGCCAUGUACGGACGCUACGCCCGGUUAAAUUUCCCGGAAGGUGGAGAAAGGAGGAAGAACGAUGAGAGUGAAAGCUCUAGAAGCUAUUGGUUGGAAACUGACAACGUAUCUGAGACCGGAAAUGGCGUGAUUGAAACGAAUGACGAGUUUAGCCAAGACAAGACUGAGAAUCUUGAUCCUAUGACUGACAAUGAGAUAGUGAAACCGCUGGUUUACCAGAACGCAGCAGUAAAAUCAGAGGAAGGUUACAGAUUUGAUCGGUUCGAAACCGAUAACGGAUUGUUGUACCAUGCAUCCGGUUAUGACCAGGGAGGUGGAUUCAAUCCGUAUUUAGAGUAUUUCAGGUUCUAG